CGUCAUUCUGAAUGAAGACGCAGAUUCUCUGUUCACCGCUAGGCGUCGCUUUCGUGGCGAUAAAAGCCCGCAGGCGCCGCUUUAAACGAAAUCGACCAAUCGCUGGAGGGCUUGCAAAAAAAACGAAUCGUUUGGGAGUCGUUGAACAAAGAAGGGGGUCGGAGCGCUGAAGGACAGCUGGGAUGUGGUUCCUGUGGGCCCGUGGUUAGGAAAGAUUCGUCUCGGAAACUUCUAGAAAGCGGCUUGUUUUGUAGACGGAGGCUCCGCUGCGGGGAGACCGGUGUCAGUCUCUCCUGUGUCCGUUCCUCCUCCGUCACUGCUUCACCGCCGGAAACCGUUCGAGAGCAAUCGCGGCUUCGUUUGCGGAGUUCAGUUAGUUUCACCGGGAAGAAGUUCCAGAUCGGAGGCAUCGGUUCGGUCCGGUCGUCCUCGGCUCAUCUUCAUCCGUUCAGCCGGUGCGGACUCAUUCUCUCAGAUCUGACAACUUGAACAACUCCAGGAUGGUGCGUGUCGGCGCCGCUGGGCUGCGGGUUCUUGCGGUUCUUCUCGUGCUUUCAGCAGAACGCGGACUGACUCGGGCUGAGACUCGGGCGACGGUCCGGAGGGUGACCCAUCCUCCUCUUCUCCGGCCGUUAUCGGGCUCCGCUCUGCUCCCGUGUGUGUUCACGCUCCCAGCCGCCCGGCCCCCGGGACACGGGCCCUUCAUCCGCUGGAGCCGGGGCGAGCGGACGGUGCUGUCGGCCCGGGACGGGGUGGUCCGGGUGCACCGGGCGUACGCGGGCCGGGUCAGUCUGCCCGGAUACUCCGCCGACCCGCUCGACGCCUCGCUGGAGAUCUCCCAGCUCCGCUCCAACGACUCCGGGGUCUUCCGCUGCCACGUCGCUCUCGGGGAGAAAUAUGAGCAGGACACGGUCAACCUGGAGGUCAAAGGGGUGGUGUUUCACUACGGCUCUCCGGCGGAGCGUUACUCGUUGUCGUUCUCCGAGGCCGCUCAAGCGUGCCAGGAGCACUCGGCAGAGGUCGCGACCCCUGAGCAGCUGUGGGCAGCGUUUCACUCGGGUCUGAACAGCUGCGCUGCCGGCUGGCUCCGAGACCAGAGCGUCAGGUAUCCCAUACAGAGACCUGAGCUCGGCUGCUACGGACACCAAGAGCUUUCUGCUGGAGUGAGGAAUUAUGGGAAACGGGACCCUUCGGAGCUGUUUGACGUUUACUGUUUCGCCAGCGACAUGCAAGGUGAAGUGUUCCCGGCCGGUGUUCCUGACCGACUGAGCCGCCCGGAGGCCGAGGCUCUCUGUGUGUCUGUGGGCGGCCGGCUGGCGACCGUGGGUCAGCUGUACCUGGCCUGGAGCUCUGGUCUGGAUCACUGUGAGCCGGCCUGGGUCUCCGACGGCAGCGCGAGGUCCUCCAUCGGCCCGCUGCGCUCCGACUGUCCCGGCGGAGAACCCGGCGUCCGGACCGCUUCACCGGAGGAGCUGAGCAACGGGACGGCGCGCUUCGACGCUUUCUGCUAUCGAGAAAAGACCGAGCAGAAGCCCAUCGCAGGCAUCGUGAAGUCCUUGCUGAGGCCGUGGAGGUACAUGACCGGAGGAGACGCUUCGACCGCGAACUGGACGGGACCGGUGGAUCUGGACAGAGAGCCCCUGAUGGCCCCCGAAGGAGCCGAGCUCUCGGCCGAGUAUCUGACCGUCCGCCUGCGAGGGGACACGUCUCUGGACUGGAGCGGUCAGCUGGACUCCUUCCCAGACGUCCGGCAGGCGUCCCCGGAUCUGAGUCCUGGCGGCUCGGCCCGGGAGGAGGAGGACGAGGACGAAGGUCUGUCCGGUCAGUCCAUGAGUGCCGCGACUCCUUCGGAGGCUCCUCAAGGAAAGAGCAAGAGCUCCCUCACCAACAUCGUCAGCUCGCUGUGGAAGCCCUGGAGCUACUUGAGCGGAAGCGAAGCGGAGACGACGACUAAGAGCUCGGCUGUGACCGAGACGCCCGAGACGCCCGAGACGCCCGCCAGAACCACCACAGCGCCCGGAGCAGGACUGAUGUCCUGGUGGAGCCGCUCGUGGCUGCCCGGUCCUUCAACCUUCCCCGAUAAAUCAAUCACCUCCUUCCCGCCCACGAGUUCAGUCGUACCGACCCGCGUCCCGCCGAACGCCACCAGAGACGCCCCGAGUGACGGUCAGACCGGUCGCCCCGCGCAGGAUGGCCCGGCGGCGGCCGCCGAUUGGGUCGCGGUGACCGAAACCCCCGAGCAGAACCCCGCCCCUGAACCCGCCGCCUCCGCCUCGACCGAGAACUUCUCCGGAGAGAGUCGGGCGCCGGAGACGGAGGGCAGCUCGUGGGGCGACUCGUACCCGUCGUCCCAAACGCCGCAGACGGUGGAGACGACCAGCGCGGGCACCACCUCCGCCCGCGGCCUCGAGGCUCGCGGAGAGAUCCAGUACAGACGCAGAAACAAGCCCAAGAGACUCAACCCGAGCACCAGCGCUCCACCCGCCUCCAGCGCCGGAGACCCGGCCACCGCCCUCUCCACCUCCUCAGAGCAGACUCAGACGCCAGGCCUCGUCACGACCGUCUCCGGCGCCGAGAACGUCCUGAAGAACAGCUCCGCCGGAGAAGAAGCGGACGACAGAUGCAGCUGUCUUCACGGAGGGACGUGUCUUCCUCACGGAGAGGGUUUCCGCUGCUUCUGUCCGCAGGGUUACGCUGGAGAAAGCUGCGAAAUCGAUGUUGAUGACUGUCAGUCGAACCCCUGUGAGAACGGCGGCACCUGCAUCGAUAAAGAGGACUCGUUUGUGUGCCUCUGUUUGCCGAGUUACAGCGGAGACCGAUGCGAGAGAGACACGGAGGGCUGUGAACACGGCUGGAAGAAGUUUCACGGUCACUGCUACCGUCUGUUUCCUCGCAGACACACUUGGGAGGACGCGGAGAAGGACUGCAGGGAACACAGCAGUCACCUGACCAGCAUCACUUCCUCCAUGGAGCAGGACUUCCUUAACGGUCUGGGUCACGAGAACGUCUGGAUCGGACUCAACGAUCGUACAGUGGAGGAGGAUUUCCAGUGGACUGACGCCAUGGAUGUUGUGUACGAGAACUGGCGUGAGAAUCAGCCGGAUAAUUUCUUCGCGGGCGGAGAGGACUGCGUGGUGAUGAUCACCAGAGAAGAUGGCAAAUGGAACGACGUGCCAUGCAACUACAACCUGCCCUACGUCUGCAAGAAAGGAACCGUGAUGUGUGGGACUCCGCCGGCCGUGGAUAACGCCUAUCUAGUGGGCCGCAGGCGCUCACACUACGACAUCCACGCCACGGUCCGCUUCCAGUGCAACGACGGCUUCUUCCAGAGACACAUCCCGACCGUCCGCUGCCGGCCCAACGGCGCCUGGGAGAGACCCAAGAUCAUCUGCACCAAGUCGCGGCGAUCCCACCGUUACCGUCGGCAACACCACAGAUCUCGGCGCGAGCACCGGCGACACCGGAGACACGGAUCUGGGCACAGGGGGCGGGAUUAAGCCACGGGUCGUGACCUCUGACCCCGCUGACCUCUGCUCCCGCGUGUUCGCGUCACAGCAGACGGAAAGGACAGAAAUAACCCUUCUUUUUUACCGCCGUUAUUUAGGUUCCACUAACCCCCCAUUUUCUUUUUUAUGGUUGUUUGGCGACGGACGAUGACGAGCGCUCUUCGUCUUCACGUCAAUGUCAGGCGGAGGUCCUGCCCGCUCCUGAUCGUGUUUGUUCGGCUUUAGAUAUUUUGGAUGUGAUGCUUUAAUGAAAUACCGGAUGUCCAAACUGCCCCGAAAUGAUUCACGCUGAUGAAAUAAGACACAGGAAUCCGUUCUUUUUACCCACGAUUCUUUGCUUCGAGCGUUUGCUGAUUUUUUUGGUUUCAUUUCAUGAAGAAAGGCACCAUUCGGCUCACAUUUCAGACCAAAAUGAAAAAAAUAAACACAUACGAAAUUAUGUUUUGCAUGAAGGAAACGAAACCCGUUUCUAAAAUCGUUGAUCGGCUGAUAUUUUUUGCAUUAUGAUAAUUAAGUCACACUCACUCUCAAAUUAAAUAACCGAACAUUAAUAAAUAAUAAAUCCUGAUCUUGUCACUGGGAUCACAAAUCGCCCCUUCCCAGAAAAAAGAUUUCCAUUAAAUUAUAAAAUUUAACAUUAAUAAAUAGUACUAUUAAAUAUAUAAUACUUUUAAAUUGACUUUGCAAUUUUAAUAUAUUAUUAUUCAUAUAAUGUGAUUAAUUGUAACCUGUUUAAUUGUCAUAAAAAUAAUAAAUUAAAAUAAAUCAUUUCUAUUAAUAUUUUUUUAUUUGUUUAUGUUUCUGCAUAUUAUGUUUUCGUUUAAAUUACCCUUUCGAUCAAUUCCGUUUCUUUAAAGUAGCUCGUUUAAGUAACUUUGCGGGGUUUUAUUUGAGCGCAUUAAGUUGAAUAUUAGUUCAAAGGAAAAAUAGCUCGUUUUUUGUAGUUUUUAUUCAAAGUUUUAGCGUUUGCGGUCCACCUGUAAUAACCCUGCUUUAUGCAAAAUGCAAUUUCUUAUUUCUCUUCGACGUCGGGGUGAAAUACGAGCGAAAAACGGAAGCGAGAACCGAGUUUGUAAUCCGUUUAUCUUCUCACGCGAAGCUUUGGAGGGGACCGACGGGUGCCGUGCGAUUCAGGCGAAUCGUUUCUGUUUGCUUGAAUCUGAAUCGGAAGGAUUCGACUCUCUAAGCGAAAGCAGACGCGAAAGAGCUUCCUCCGGAUCCCGGUUUCGUUACGGUUCAGGUCACGUCAUACAAACGGUUCGACCUGCGGACCUGGAGGAGGAAACCGAGCCUGGAAGGAGGUUUAUGCGUGGACACAUGCUUGUAAAUUUUAAAUCGAGCGAGUGUGUUCACGUGCGUGCUCCAGCGGGUGCGACCGAAGCUCCGAUCCCAGUUUAUUCCCAGUGUGUGUGAACGUGAGGUCAUUUCACACGCCUGUUGCUCGGUAACGGGUCGACAUGUGUCUCGGUGUCCUUCAUGUAUGCUCGUGUGUGUGUGUGUGUGUGUGUGUGUGUGUGUGUGUUUGAGAUAGCUGCACGUGUUUUUGUGUGUUUUGUUUAUGCAGUUUUAAGUGUUUUUUAAACUACAGAUAAGACGAGCUUCAUACUCUGUAUUUUAGUUUUGUUUUCCAGCACGCACUAAUCUAAACAUUAUUACACUGAGAUGCAGUGAAAAAUAUCUUUUUGGAGUUUAUACUUAAUGUAAGAAAAUAUAAGACAAUAAUGAUAAGUUUGUUUACCGUAUAAAUUAAUAUUUUCCGUAUUUGUGGACACUGAAGCAUCAGCAUAAAUCAUUUUAAUUAAAUAUAAAUCUGGUUUUCUAAAUAAACAUGUAAUAACUUUGAUUAUUUUUUUUUUCCCCAUUAGUUAUUUAUUUUAAAAUUAAUUCAGCACAACAAAGUUGUACAGUUAAUAUUUUCGAGUUGUACUUUUUUUCUUACGCUGAUAUUUUUUGCUUGUUUUAAGCAUCAGCUCACUAAUAACGUUAAAAAACAUUUGUACUGGAAAACAAGACGGAAAUACCGAUUUUAAAAAAAAGUCUUUUAUUUUGGCGAUUCAAGAUCUGUUCCUAAUCCUGGCGAGCUUCCUAACUAGACAGCUUCGAGAUGCAGCUUCCCACGUUUUUUUAAGAGAGAGCUCACUUAAAACAUUUAGUGCAUUUAGAUACGAAUGCAUUCUAACUAUUUUCAUUCAAAUGCAAGGUUUUUCGUGGCCCACUUCUUUGCAGCCUGCUGAGCUUCACUCUCGGUUAGGAUGCUGUCUAUGUAGGGAGCGCUAGGUUUAGAACAAGUUCUCGUCUGAUUGCUCUGUGUUUAUUUAUAACAUGCCUUCUUUAGCGAACGGCAUCUCGCUCUUCUGUUAGCUCUGAACUUAUAAAACCCACCUUCUUCUGUAAAUAAAUGUCUUUGCUCAUCUGUUUGUUCGUAACGCUCAUUGCUAACUUGCUUUUUAAUCACCCUAUCCUGUAUUGUUUCGUAUGCUAACCGGCAGAAGUGACACGGAAAUGUUUCUCACACAGUAACGAGCGUGUGUCCGGAUCUCUUUAGCAAGAAUCAGACUUUGAUGUUUUUACGCUUCACUUCACGUCUGUUGAUGUGUUUCUGUUCUUUAUUAAACUCGAAAAACCAACCAACAAUAAAACUGAUUGGAUCGAAA